UACUUUGAAGUUGCAUCAGCUCUAGCUAAUGCGGUAUUUAUUUUGCAGCCUUUUUUGUUGAAAAUAUGACAUAUGUUUUAACCAUAGACUCUAACCGGUCUUAUAAUACAUCCGUGGUGCUUAUAGGUCGGACAAUGACUGUUUAACCUGGUUGCAGGUACGACAGUUAAAGGCAGGUUAGCUUUACUUUGUAGGCUAGCUAUGUAUUUGACUCGGUCUGAAGGUGGCGCGUUGAGUUAGAUAGCUAGCUGUUACUCUUUUUGUUUUGACUUUGUGUUGACUAAUAGAAGGACUUCAUAUUACCAGCGUGACUUUAACUAACGUAAAGUGAAUGUUUAGCUAACGUUAAUGCUCGAAAUUCUGGCUCUCCCAAAAGUUAUCACCCUGUCCUUCCGUUUAAAAAAAAUGAGAGGGUUUAUAGUCUUCAUAUUUUCUCAAAGUCUGCUUGGUGGCUGCUAUACAUUUCACGACAGUAGUGACAAUAUAUUUCCAACAAAACAGUUGGUUAAACUUCCAGGUCAAACUAUUUUGAUGUCUAGGAUGAUGUAACAAAACGUGACGCGUAUUCAGUAUAUUUUUAGGUGCAGAAAUACAAGCAACCACAAGAUGUCACCCUUGGGCCUCUAAUGGAUUUACUCACGUCUCCUCUGUUGUCCCUUGAUUUCCCCUAUAUUCUUUUCAAACAGGGUGUCAUCACGUAAAGAUGUCUUCAUUAGUGGCCUAUGAGGAUUCAGAAUCAGAGGAUGAUUAUCUUGAUCAAACGGAGGAGGGAGCAUCAGUUUCUGUCCAAGCUGGAUUUUGUGAACGAAACCAAGAAGUCAGGAUGUGUAAUUCCUCUGAGGUAACAAGCUCUCACAUCUUCACUCCUGCUCAUGACAGGUCAGUUUUGGAAUAUCAUGGAGAUAUUUCAGAAAGAAGCACUUCUUCACUGCACUCAAAUAAUUCACAGCCCCCGAGCUGUUCUGACUGGAAAAGAAAACAUCACAGUGACAGGGCAGCAGAAGAAAAACAUUUUAGAGACACUGCGUCUCCUCUGAGUUUACCUGUGAUUCAGGAAAAUAUCUCACUAUUGCAGACAAUUCCUCCUACGCGACAAAGUUUUAGAGACGGGUUGAAUUCCGCAAAGAGACACCACGCUGUCCUGUCUGGUGUCAGACCGUACAUCCCCAAGAGACAGAGACUUGCCACUUUAGUAGAGAUAGUGGACCCAAAGUACCCAGCAGAGCAGGUCCCAGGAAUUCAGACUAGGGAAAGCCAAAUUCUUUCCGAAGUGUCGGCGAGAAUAAAGCCUUAUCUUGCCCACAAGUCCGGCGCUGCAGGGAUACCGAGGAGGCUUCUGAUGAGCCUGGGAGGCCACCAGGGUCCAGUCAACACAGUGCAAUGGUGUCCUGUGCCCCAUCUCAGUCAUCUGCUGCUGUCUGCCUCCAUGGACAAGACAUUCAAGGUGUGGGAUGGAGCAGAAAGCGGGAGAUGCCUCAGGGUUUACACCUGCCAUUCGGGAGCUGUGCGUGAUGCCUGUUGGACCCCCUGCGCGCGUCACCUUCUCACUGGCUCCUUUGACAACACGGCUGUGGUCACAGACGUAGAGACGGGGCAGCAGGUAGUGAAAUUGGACAACCAGUUCAAGGUUAUGUGUGUGGUCCUGCAUCCCAGCAACCCUGACGUAUUCCUGUGCGGAGGUUACAGUUCAGUGGUCAAGGCCUGGGACUCUCGCAGCUGCAAGGUGGUGAAGGUGUACAAAGCUGGGAUCCAGCAGACCCUGGACAUCCUGUUUCUGAAAGGUGGUGUGGACUUUAUAACAAGCUCUGACUGCGUGAGCAGAGACUCGGCCGACCGAACCCUUAUCGCCUGGGAUUACCAGACCACAGCCAAGGUCUCCAACCAGAUCUACCAGGAGCGGUACACGUGUCCCAGCCUGGCUGUCCACCCAUUGGAGGAGUCCUUUGUUGCACAGACUAAUGGGGACUACAUGGCAGUGUUCUCCUCCCAGCAGCCCUAUAGAAUGAACAAGAGGCGGCGAUACGAAGGACACAAGGUUGAGGGAUAUGCAGUGCAGUGUGAGUUUUCUCUGGAUGGAACUAUCCUGGCCUCAGGAAGCUCCACCGGCUCCGCUCACUUCUACGACUACCACAGCGUUCGUAUGCUGCACACUCUACACGCCCACAGCCAGCCUUGCCUGUGUGUUUCUCAGCAUCCCGUCCUACCUGCCACUGCGGCCACCUGCGACUGGGCUGGUGAGAUCAAAGUCUGGCACUAAGGCCUCUGAAGGAACAUUAUGGACUAAAAAAGGCCAAGAGAAGAUUAUACUUAACUGAACAAUAUGCACAUCCAUCUUCAAGACUGUAUCUCCCAUAAUCUCUUGGCAUAAAAUGAUAAGAACUUGGCAAAUAAUGCUGGAUGUCAGCAAAUCUACUAUCUACUGACGCCUUUGUGUAUGUUGUAAUGUUUGCACAUUAUUUUAAAUAACACCCACAUCACUCCCAUUGAUAUUUACUUCUCUAUUGUGUAAAUGUUAUUGCAAGCAUGUUUUUUAUAUUUUGCCCAUCUUCAGGGAAUGAUGCACUGGCUUAGAUAAAACAAACUUUCUUCAAAGUUCA